GACGGGGUUUUACUUUCAUUCACUGCAGUUAUAACAAGCAAGCGACGACGUGUUUUAUUCUGUUCAGCGCAUCUAUAGAACAUUUUUGACUGUGUUAAUUACAACCCAAUUACAAUGUCUAUCUCUCUGGACGAUCUCAAAUCCAUCUUGCAGCAGCAGCAACUUCAGAAUGAAGCAGCUCAACUUAAAUUAAUCGAAGCUCUCACUCAGAAGCUGUCAAUUCAAGUUCCAUCAACAUCUCAUUCAGACAAAUACGAAAGCAUCUCAAAUUCCAUCAGUGAAUUCAACUACGACCCAAUAUCUGGUCUCGUAUUUGAUGCAUGGUUCAAUCGUUAUGAAGACGUUUUUCGUAUUGAAUGCCACAUGUUUGAUGAUGCUGCCAAAGUCCGAUUGUUACUACGAAAACUUGGUACUGUUGAGCACAACAGAUAUGUUAACUUCAUUCUGCCUAAGAACCCACGUGAAUUAUCAUUCGAUGAGACAGUCACCGUUUUAUCACAAAUCUUUGGUGAACAGUCAUCCAUGUUUAAUAUUCGGUAUCAAUGUUUUCAGUUGACAAAAAUGCCUUCCGAUGAUUAUGUUACUUACGCUGGCAAAGUGAACAAAGAAUGUGAAAGGUUCAAACCACACGAAAUGACAUCAGAUCAGUUCAAGUGUUUGAUUUUUAUUUGUGGGUUGAAGAACCCUGAAGAUACUGACAUCAGAACUCGACUUCUGUCACUCGUGGAACAAGACCCAAAAAUGACUUUACAAAUGGUGACAGCAGAAUGCCAACGCUUAAUCAACUUGAAGCACGAUACUGCUAUGUUGGAUUGUAAGCGACAGUCGUCUGAAUUUGAUUCAGUUAACACAGUGAAAAGUCCUCCGAUCACCGUUAAGCACACAGCACGUCAGUCUCAGAAUUCAGCUAAACCUCCUUCAGUGUGCUGGCACUGUGGUUCGUGGCAUUUUGUCAAGUUCUGUCCUUUCAAGAAACAUAAAUGCCGUAAUUGUCACCGUUUUGGACAUAAAGAGGGUUACUGUACACCACAGAAAAAUUCUUCGGUGAAGAACAGAAGUCGUCAUUUUAAGCCGAAACAAUCUCCUCGAAUACAGACCGUUUUCACAACUUCCAAAGUCAAUUUCGCCAGCAAACGUAAGUACAUUACACUACGCAUUAACGGCAAAUCUAUUCGUCUUCAGUUGGAUACGGCAUCAGAUAUCACUUUAAUUUCCCGAACUACGUGGCGCAAACUUGGGUGCCCACAGAUUCUGCCGACCAAGCAUGUCGCUAAGAAUGCCUCUGGAGAUCUAUUGAAACUCGUGGGUGAGAUAAAUUGCCAGGUUCAGUUUGGUGAGCAACAGUUCAAUGGUGUAUGUUAUGUCACAAACUACCAUGAUUUGAAUUUGCUUGGUCUUGACUGGUUAGACAAGCUCCAUUUCUUCAAUGUACCAUUAAAUUCAGUAUGCUCUAAUGUUUCGUCCUCACCAAAUAAUGUUGUUCCCGCACAUGUAUCUGAUCAGUCUCUCUUGCAACGCCUACGUCAAAAGCACGCCUCUGUUUUCCAGGACAAACUUGGUUGCUGCAAAUUUACCAAAGUACUUAUGCAAAACCGAAGGGGGAGGGAACAACAGAAGAAAUUUUGCACAGAUUCUCACUGCAUUAUCGUACGACGCCAAAUCCUCCCGCAGCCGGAAGCCCGGGACGCAGAUCACAAUCUAUCCAGUACGCGAAAGUCAACUCGACAAAGAAGAGCUCCAAAACCUUUUCAAAUAGAUCCAAAAUGCAAGUCCUACACUUUUAACGGGGGGAGGUGAUAGGAUCCCACACACUUGUUAUUGUUCAAUUAUCUUAACGACUGUUAAUCUCGUAUAAGUUGUAUAUUAUCAUUUCUCACGCAUAUUGUUAUUGUUCAAUUAUCUUAACGACUGUUAAUCUCGUAUAAGUUGUAUAUCAUCAAUUCUCACACACUUUGUUAUUGUCAAUUAUCUUAAUGACUGUUAAUCUCGCAUAUGUGUUAUAUUGUCAUUUCCCAGGCACUUUGUUAUUGUUCAGUUAUCUUAAUGACUGUUAAUCUCGCAUAUGUGGUAUAUCAUCAUUCCCACGCAUUUUGUUAUUGACUAUUACGACCAAUUAUUUCAAAUACUGUUAGCUGUCUCUAUUGGUUGUAAAAUUGUAUAAAUACCAUUUCCUAAAUAAGUUUAUUUGUCGUCGUCGUCGUUGUUGUAGUCGUCGUCGUCGUUGUUGUAGUCGUCGUCGUCGUUG